AUGGGGAAGCCGUUUCAAAGAGUUCAUGCCUCUAUAGUAGGCAAGUUCGAAAACGGUGUCGGUGAAAAGAUCCCACAGUGGAUACGGGCAAAUGGAGGACAGUUCUCAAGAGAUGUGAACCCGCGAAUUACCCAUCUCAUCGCCACAAAGGAGGCGUUCAAAAGCAAUGCAGUUCCAGUGGAAAAUGCCAAGAGGCUCAGCACCGUCAAGAUCGUCUCAUACGAUUGGCUUGAAGACUCGUUGUUGUCAAACACCCGCCGACCAAAGCCUGAAGGGCCAUAUCUUCUAAAGAAUCUGAUGAAGCCCGAGAAGAAGGAAGCCCAAAGGAAGAAGGUCACACUGAAGUCCUCAAAGGUGGUCAAGGAGGCCAAAGGGAAUAUUCCAAAGCGUCGGAUAGCUGAUCCUUUCCUCGCCACGAAGGGCAAACGAAAGCCCGUGCGUCAGGUGUACCAGGACAGAAAGACAAACGUGGUUUAUAGUAUCACCUUGUUCCGCCCAUCGAAACCACCGGUCAUUAGCAGAGAAAAGUACCAACUGACUCUUUUCGAGUCCAUCGUCGAACCACACACUUACUCCACCUACGCAAAAUUCAGCCGCAUUGGCACAUCCAAUGUCGAACUUCUGGCAGGACCGAGGUGCAAGCUCGAGCUUGCAGUGGAAAAAUUCAAGCAGUUCUUCAAGGAGCAGACUAACAAGGAAUGGGACGAAAAGGCAAACGGGAAGAUGCCACCCCCAAAGAAAGACGUGGACGGAAAUAGCUUGCCUGCUCACGAGGGCUGGUUUUAUCUUGAGGAAAAGACGACUAUCCUCGGUGCAUUCCUCAGGGAAUCCCAGAGCACAGGUUGUGGGGAAUCGACUAGCCGCAUCGCCUCCGAUGGUAUCAGGGAGAAUGAUGUCAAAAAUGGUGCCAAGGACAGUAAGGAGGGCAAGAUGGCAAAUCACCAAGUUAAAGAUGGGGGCGAAAACGGAUCUGAAGCUGAUGAGGAGGAUGAAGAGGAGGAAAUGGAUAAGUAG